AUGUACCGGGUAGCAAAAGCAUCAGGAUACCUUGUAAUUAUCAAAGCCGGAGUCCGAGACAUCAAGCUUGCAAAGAAAGCAUGGAUUCUUCCUGGCCAAUCCUGCACCGUCUUCGAUCUUUCUCUGAUGAACUAUACCUUCGAAGGAAUCAUUGAAGGCGAGACGUGUGUUCUUGCUGCUUCGAUAACGAUGGAAGAGUUUGGAUUAUUGAUUUGCAAUGCAAAUGUGAAACAAUUGGUUGAUGUUCCAGGUCAUGAAUAUUUCUCAUAUUUAGGGCAAAAGACACAAAUGGAAGCCGCGAAUCAAGCUAAGACGAAGGUUAUUGCCAUCCAGAGAAGUGGAGAGGGUGAAAAGGAAGGAAUUAAAGUGAGGAGUGAAAUGAAGGUUUUUAAGAAUGAGAGACAAGCUGAAGUGGCCCAAGCUAAUUCUGAGUUGGCUAAGAAGAAAGCAGCCUGGACUAAAGUGGCUCGAGUGGCUGAAGUUGAAGCUGCUAAAGUUGUGGCUCUUAGAGAAGCUGAAUUGCAAGGUGAGGUGGAGAAGAUGAAUGCUUUGACAACAACUGAGAAGCUUAAAGCUGAGUUUUUUUAG